GUGGGAAUUUCAACACGCCUAGGUCAUUUGCAGUAACGAGCAGUCUGCUGGUUAUUAAGAUGGCCUCCGAUUAUAUUCAGAGGAAAGAAGUUAGGUGCUUACAAAACGAAUAUGAUAAACUUCUCCAGUCCGCCAAUUUUUCUGAAAUUAAAAAACUGUUGGAAGAAGGUGAGAAGCUAAGGUAUCAAGCAAGCCAUCUGGAAAAGUAUCUGAAACAAUUGGAAAACCAUGUGCAGCAUAAUUCUAUAAGUAUCCAAGCUACCGUAGCUGCUUUGUUUGAUUACGCUAUAAAAACAGUGUUCAUAAAUACUAAACACUGCGUACAACUCAAUGUUCCCAAUAAGCGCAGUUUUGGGGAUUAUCAGUGCAACUCUGCUCUUAGCAUUCGAAAAGAGUCGAACAGUGAUCAAAAUCCAUUUGAUAUUGCAAAAUCUAUCGUUGCCGCUUUACCUGUCAAUGACUUAAUUGAAAGAGUGGACGUUGUUCUUCCUGGCUUCAUAAACAUUUGGAUUAAACAACAAUUCAUUUCCACUGAAGUCAGAAAGAUUUUACUUCAUGGGGUUACACCCCCAUUCAUACCUCAUAAAUACUCUGUGAUUGUCGAUAUGUCCUCUCCAAACAUCGCUAAAGAAAUGCAUGUAGGACAUCUAAGAUCAACCAUUAUUGGAGAAAGUAUUUCCCGUUUGCUUUCAUUUUUGGGUCACAAAGUACUGAAACUCAAUCAUCUUGGAGAUUGGGGAACACAGUUUGGGAUGUUAAUAACCCACUUAAAAGAAAUAUAUCCUGAUCAUAAAACUGCACCUCCGAUAUCAGACCUUCAAGCUUUUUAUAAAACUUCCAAAACUAGAUUUGAUGAAGAAAAAGAUUUUAAUCAAAGAGCACAUGUGGCCGUUGUUAAACUUCAACAAAAUGAUCCUGAGUAUGUACAUGCCUGGAAACAAAUUUGUGACAUAUCACGAAAAGAAUUCGACGAUGUAUACCGUCGACUGGGUAUUGAGAAUCUUAUUGAGCGUGGAGAAUCGUUUUAUCAAAGUCGAAUGGAAGAGUUUGUUAAUGAUCUAAAAAGUCAGAAUGUUCUGCAGGAAGAUGAGGGUAGAUUAAUUUUGUGGCCACCCAAAUGCGAAGUUCCUCUCACAGUUGUAAAAUCAGAUGGUGGUUUUACCUAUGAUACAUCUGACUUAACUGCUUUACUUCAGCGUUUGCAUGAAGAAAAGGCGGAUUGGGUCUUGUAUGUUGUGGACAUGGGUCAGUCUGUUCAUCUUAACACGGUAUUUGGGGGUGCAGAAAUGCUUGGUUAUUAUAAUCCUAAUGUACACAGAGUUCAACACAUUGGAUUCGGUGUGGUGCUCGGUGAAGAUAAGAAAAAAUUUAAAACUCGUUCCGGUGACACAGUUCGUCUUGUCGAUUUAUUGGAUGAAGGUCUUGAACGAGCAAAGAACCGAUUGCUUGAGAAAGAAAGGAAUAAAGAGCUAACUGAAGCUGAAUUUGAACGAGCUCAAAAGGCUGUAGCAUAUGGUUGUAUUAAGUAUGCUGAUUUAUCACAUAGUCGAACAAUUGACUAUGUAUUCUCAUUCGAUAGGAUGUUGGAUGAUAAAGGAAACACUGCAGUUUACUUGUUAUACGCAUAUACACGGAUCAGAUCAAUUAUAAGAAAUGCAGGUUAUUCUGAAAGAACAAUCAAUGAAAUUAGUGAAACAGUACCACUGAAAUUUGAACAUCCUAUGGAGUUGACAUUAGCCAAAGCAUUAUGUCGUCUACCAGAUAUUCUACUAAAAAUUCAAAAUGACUUUCUAUUGCAUAGCCUAUGCGAUUAUUUGUACGAUUUGAGUUGUGACUUUACAAACUUUUACGAUGCAUGUUAUUGUAUUGAACGGAAUCAAGAGACCGGUGAUGUUCAAAUUAAUAAAGAACGUAUUGUAUUAUGUGAAGCUACUGCUCGAGUAAUGAAAUGUGGAUUUGAUAUACUUGGAAUUGAAACAGUUGAAAAAAUGUAAAUGUUUUUGUGUUCAGUUGAACAAUAAACAACAUUUGUACAAAAGGAGUAGAUAUGUCUCUUUUCUUAAAAAAAAAAGCUUAUUCUAUAACAUGUUAAUCAUGGUGUCGGAGUAGAUGUGUAGAAAUUCAAAACAACAAUAGUAGUAGUAAUAAUAACAUAGAAAGAUUUCUUUCCCGUAAUAAACAAUACUAUUUACAACGUAUUCAAAGGAAUCAGCCAUUAAAUAUUCUUAUACUUAUUAGUAGUCUAUCUGUAUGUUGAAUGAAAUAAUGUAGAUUUUUGCACAGUUUGAGUUUAAUUCUGGGAUGAUAAUUACAUACACCUAUGGAAGACAUCUAAUUAAUUAGUUUACUACUUUUAGUUAUCACUAUUUGAUAAAUUACUAUGAAUCCCUUGAUUCUACCUACUAUAAGUCUACUAUCGACCGAGUACGAUUAAAAAACACAUAUGUGUACUAAUUUUUUCUAAACCACGAAGGGAGUUGCUGGCUGACUCGUUAACUAAGUUAUCUGGUCAUACAUCUGAGUAGUUAAAUAAUCAGUGGUAUAUCGAAAUCAGGUGAAUUAUUCCGCAUUUGACGAACCACAAUAGGUCGACUAGAAAAUGACAAACAGAUUCCUUAACACAACCAUUCUCAACUUCACAAUUCAUCGACAAUCCUGAAAAAUUGGUGCUUAAACCACUUUCAGAGGUUUUACCGCCGAUAAAGUUCAUUAACCUGAAUUUCAUAUUGAAACUCGAUCAGCAGAAUCUAGUUAGUACUAAGGACUAGGAAUCAUGAUGUAGGUUACUACUGAGCGAUCAAUUACUGUAAAUACGACGUAAAUAAAUUAGCUACGGGCUGAAUGCCUCAGUCCCAUUGUCUCCAACUGACAAAUGACUAAUACUUGUUCGAAGCAUUAGUUUCUUUAGGGUUGUUGACACAAAUGAGAAACUAACAGAAAUUUGAUACCAGGCUUCAGGUUGAUUACCCUCAAUUAAGAAGCAACCAAUUUUAAGUGUUAGCUGGGACAUUGACAAUAAAUUACCAAGAAUUAUGUAUUUUUCACAGAUUGAAAUCAUGAGUCACUUGAAGCUAGACCACCAUUGAAAACCUGGAAGCACUGGACGGCCGUUUCGUCCUAGUAUGGGACUCCUCAACAGUGCGCAUCCACGAUCCCGCACCACGCGGGGCUCGAACUCAGGACCUACUGGCUUCGCGCGCGAGCACUUAACCACUAGACCACUGAGCCGGCAUCCAACGGUGUUAAUGUCUAACUCCAACCAAUCCACGAAGUUGCGCCACCAUAUACCAUUGUCUUCAGUGAGCUGAUAUCUCACAACAGACCUGGUUGUACUCCACUGGUAACGCCCGACCGUUGUUGCUACCUUGACGUGGUGGUCGGGCUUGCCUAUCGUGAUGAAGCAACCGAGCUAUACUGGCUGGAACAACCGUUCCUCAAGGUCCUACCAUGUCAGACAGGUCGGUUGAAGAGCGGUAAGACUAAAAGCAACAAACCCAAGGCCCGAAGGCGAAGUCGUACUGCUGACUGUACAGAGGUGUGACAGCAGUAAGGUGUUUCCUUCAGACAACCAGCAUGACAGCGAUGCUGCCUUCCCACAAGGAGGGGUGGGGUUAGAAAAGGUCGACCCUAAAAAUGCACACCUCGCCUUAUCCCACGGGUAUCCGUCUCCGGCGGUAAGGUCUCAAUAAGUACGGAG